AUGCAAAGGCAAUCUUUUGGUCAAACAAGAAUGAGUGCAGAUGGAGCGAUUAGGAAGAGUUUGGUCAAGAGAAGUAAAUAUUCUAAGAAUGGAUGUAGCGAAUGCAAACGAAGGAAAGUAAAAUGUGACGAAGCCAAGCCAGCAUGUUGGCAGUGUUCUCAUCUAGGGAAGAGAUGCGUUUACCUAAUGAAUACAGCUAAGAUUAGAUUUAAGGAAAUUAAUGUUUUAUCCUUUAAAGACAAACCUAAGGUUCUGAAGAAAGGAGAGCUUUAUAUAAAGGAGCAAGAAUUGGUCGAUAAAGACGGCGUUGAUAUAUCUCCGCGAUGUAUAAAUGUGAAUUCUGUGUCUUAUGAUACUCCAUUAUUAGCUACAGAUCUAUUUGAGAGUCUUGGGGAUCUUAUGCAGUGCGAAACGCCAAGUGCUAAUGAGGUUUUGGGCGAAACAUCAAUGUUUAAGAAGUAUGAUAAGUGGGAGGUCGUAGCUAGCAAGUUAUAUAUGGUUUCGACAGAAGAAGUGGAAUACCUGAAAGUCUUUUAUCACAAACCAUCUUACUGGCUAUUUCCGCUAGCAACCUCUCCAGACACCAAUAUUUGUAAUCAUGUCCUCUUCGAACAAAUUAUGAGAACAAACCUUCUGGAAAAUACUUCUUCUUCGUAUCUACAAAGUGCAAUGGUAACGAUUGCUGCCAAAUAUCUUUUCAAUACUUCAAGAAAUAGGGAAUAUGAUGUAGUUCGGGAACGUUAUCUACAAAAGGUAUUUGAACAAUUGCACCAGGAGUUUGCAUCUUUGGCUAAUGGAUCAUUGGUUUCGCUGAAAAUUGAAAAUUUAAUUCUAUGUGUUUUGAUCCUUACCUUGGAUAAUUCUAAAUUCUGGGAGGAACCAUGGAGAUUACGUCUGAGUGGUGCUAGAGAUUUAUUUCUGAAGUAUCAAAGAUGUGAAAAUAGAGAUAGUAUGAAUUCUAACAGUAUGCGGCAGGUCAUUUUGCUGUUGUCCAGCUCCUGGUUUGCUGCGAUUGAAUUUGCAUCCCUUUUUAACUUUGGUACCCUCCAUAAUAAUGGCGAUAUAGAUAUGAUGUUUUCUUUAGAUCUUCAAUGUAAGAAUGAAUUGAAUCUAUUAAACUUAGGUUUAUUGACUGAAAAAGGUUUUAACAUCUUUCUGGGAUAUUCUACCGAAUCAUUGAAUUUAUUGAAGGAGAUCAAAAAGUUUUUAAAUAAUCCAAAAAGCGAUCCAUUUAACGAUAGAUUUAUAUUGAUAUCUAGCCUUUUCAUGGGCUGCAGAAAGUUUGAAGUUAUUUCAAAUGAAUUUAGUAAAAUCAAAGGCACGCCAAUGUUAGAAAACUCUACACUACAGCAGAAUGCUAUAGUAAGAUAUAACAACCAGCUGUAUUCUGUUUUUGAUACCAUCCAUCAAACUAAUUUUGAAGCACUAUUUAUGGUAUUUUUAAUGGAGGGAGCCAAUUUUGAUUCUACAUCUCCACUAGUUCAGAAUAGUGCAGAUCGUAUCUGGAAAUUUAUUGAAUGGAUAUUUCAGGGGUCCAAGCUUUCAAAUAAAGAAGCCGCCUAUAUUAUGGAAAGAAUUAAUAGCGGAUCAUUAAAAAAUUAUGAUGACUUUAAAGAAUUGAAUUUAAAUUUGGUCUCUUUGUGCCUCAUUGAACCGCUCAGGAAGGACUUUCGAUGCAUGAUGAUCCAGACUGGAGUAGUGUUGUGUGCCAGCACUUUGGCAAUAUAUCCUUUGUCUGAGCUCAACCUAGUUAGGUGCAAAUGUAUUGCCUAUUUCCAGUAUCUGAUUGACACCUUGGGCAUUGAAUCAGGUAGAGUGUCGAUCCAAUAUAUAUUUAACGCCUGGACGCAAUCAUCAAAUAAGCCAUUAUCUAACUUCCACGAUUACGUCGCCUUUUCACACACACAAUUAUAA